GGAGGCGGGGCCGGGGCCGGGGCCGGGGCAGGUCGGAGGGCGGCGCGGCGGGACGAGAGUUGGGACCAUGGCUGUUGACUGGAUUGGUUUUGCAUAUGCUUCAUUGCUGGUGGUUGGAGGUGUAGUAGCGUACACUCGUAAAGGCAGUAAAAUCUCUUUAGCUGCUGGACUCACCUUUGGCUCUGUGGCUGGUUAUGGAGCUUACUGUGUAACAUGUGAUCCAAGAAAUGUGAAGAUAUCAUUGUUUUCAUCUUUUCUUUUGACCAUUAUAAUGGGAAUGAGGUUCAAGAGGUCCAAGAAAUUAAUGCCAGCUGGACUAGUAGCAUGCCUGAGCCUUUUGAUGAUUUUGAGGCUUGUUUUUAUGCUGCUGUAGGAGAAUUUAGAACCAAAUAUGACUGCCAUGCCCACCAAACAGACAUGCUCUCCAUACUUGAAAGAUAAGUUUGAACACAAGUCUUAUACUGCAUUUACGUUUUCUGUAGAAGAUCUGUACCUGUUAUUUGAUUAUUGACAUGUGCUGAUACUUUGAAAGCUUUUUUUUAAAAACCUAAAGUAAGUGUUUUGUGGGUAUAUUUUGAUCUACUUUCAUUUAGGCAGUCUAUUAACUCAUGGGAUCUUCCUUUCUAAGUUUUAUCUCUUUUAGGGGUGCAGAGCGCCCCAGGAAACUGAAUUACUCUUGCACUGUAUCUCUGAAAGAAUAUCUAUAAAUACAUGUUUAUGCUAAAAAGGUAUCUUGUAUUGAAGUAUAAUUUUGUAAUUUCUGAGAUUAAAUAAUGAGCUCCAAAUCAAAA